AUGGCUGAAAGUAAUACAUUCCCAAAGGGAGAAGUAACUCCUAUUGAGGAUAAUGACAAUGAAAAAAUCUCAAUACAAAAACCAACUAUAAUUCCUGAUGAACAUGUGGAAUACCUUACAGCAGAUUCUGAAUUGACUGAAGAUUUACCAGAUGAUACAGAAUCCAUUGAUUUGAUUCAAUUGAAGAUUAGAUCAUUGGAAGACUUAAAUUUAUUAAGAUUUAAACAAUUGAAGAAUUUAUGUUUGAGACAAAAUUUAAUUCAAAGUAUAAGUGAAGUUGAAGUAUUACCAGUGGAAACAAUGACAGAUAUAGAUCUUUAUGACAAUAGAAUAAAACAUAUUUCAAGCAAUCUAAACAAAUUAAUAAAUUUAACAAGUCUUGAUCUUUCCUUCAACAACAUUAAACAUAUUAAACAUAUCGAUAAUCUAGUUAAAUUAGAAAAUCUAUAUUUUGUUCAAAAUAAAAUUUCAAAGAUUGAAAAUUUAAAUACUUUAACAAAAUUGAAGAAUUUAGAAUUAGGUGGUAAUAAUAUUGAAGGAAUUGAUCCUGAUUCAUUUAAAAAUUUAGAUAAAAUUGAAGAAAUUUGGUUAGGUAAAAACGCUAUUCCAAGAUUAAUAAAUUUACAUCAUUUAAAAUCAUUGAAAAUUCUAUCUAUUCAAGGUAAUAGAUUAAAAAAAUUAGAAGGCUUAGAAGAAUUAGAAAACUUAGAAGAAUUAUAUGUCUCAAAUAAUCAUAUCCCAAAGAUUGAAGGUCUUGAAAAAAAUACAAAAUUAAAGAUUAUAGAUAUUACCUCGAAUAAGAUGACAAAACUGGAAAACUUAAGUCACUUAAAAGAUUUAACUGAUAUUUGGGCAUCAUUUAAUCAAAUUGAUCAAAGUUUUGAAGAGAUUGGUGAGGAAUUGAAAGAAUGUGUUCAUUUAGAUACUAUUUAUUUGGAAGGUAAUCCAGUUCAGAAAAAUAAUGAAACUGCUUACAGAAGAAAGUUGAUCUUAAAUCUUCCAAAAUCUCUGGAAAAAAUCGAUGCCACUUAUGUUCGUGGUUGA